UCUACGUGUUAUCCUACGCAGGAACACGCUCCCCGCCAACCCCGAUGGAUCGAUGAUCCAUGCCUCCUCUUAUCCGCUGCAGGGACCUGUGCUCUGCCGCACCCGCACCGACCGCCGGUACCAAAACCAAACCACGGUCUUGCUUGCUUCCCACCGUAUCAGGUCGUCUUCCUGCCCGGCCGCACGCUGGUUGCGCGGUUUCCUGCAACCUAAAAAUCCGGCCGGAUCACCUUGCUCUGCCCAUCUCAUCUCACUCACAUCCACGCUCCACUUAUACAUUAGCUACUUCGCUUCCUUCGGAUCUCGUGUCACCAAUCUCUCCGGCGAAGAUGUCGACGGUGACCCGUGCCUACCUCGACCAGAGGCUCGCCGCCGCCAAGCGCUGCUCCAAAGAGGCUGCUAUGGCGGGAGCCAAGGCCGCGGCGGUCGCCACCGUCGCUGCCGCAGUGCCCACCCUGGCGAGCGUGAGGAUGCUGCCGUGGGUGAGGGCGCACCUGAACCCCACCGGACAGGCGCUCAUCAUCUCCACGGUCGCCGGGAUGGCCUACUUCAUCGUCGCCGACAAGACCAUCCUCUCCAUGGCCAGGAAGCACUCGCACGAGAUGGCGCCAGAGCACCUGAAGAACACCUCCUUCCACUAAUUAGCCUAUAGUAGAUCCAUUAUUAGUAUAGUGUGUAAUAAACCGUGUCUGCUGAAGCCUGAAAGAUGGUAUAAUGUUGAGCGAGAGGGGCGAUCAGGCGAGGUGAUGGUAUAAUUAACUGAUGAUGUAUGUAAUAAUGUGGCCAUGUUCUCCAUCUUGUCAUCUUUCCAGGGAUCGUGAAUUAAUAACCAGCUCUUGUACAACUUUGCUUCAAGUACACUCACUCAU